AUUUCUCUUUUUUUUUUACUUUCCAUCAAACUGCAGAUGAAAUUUUAUUCACUCCCUCCUACCAAAGCUGCAUUGGUUCUGGAGAUAGCCAGUAAGAAAACUGGUCUUUCCACCAUUUGGUAUGCCACCAAAAGUGAUACUAUAAAUGCACCUUCUACAUUACCGGUGCUUAUCAAAUCUAAAGAAGAAAUUAACCGACAAGUUGCUGAAGAGACAAGGGCGACUGGUUUGCUGUUAAAAUGGAAACAAUCCUAUACUUAUGGUAAAACCAUUUUCCGAUUCUAUAAAGGAGGAGUUGCCAAUGUAUGGAAAAAUAAUACCAAAAUUAGAGCUUUACGUAAAGAAUUUAUGAUUUCUAAUCAAAUCAAUUCUAAAGGUGAAAGAGAAAAUAUAAGACUUCCAAAUUUUACUAAGCUUACACAAGAAUUGGCACAACAUUUAUAUAUGGUAAAGAUUGAGCAAGAACAAGUGGGUAAAACAUUAAUUAAUGAGACAUCUAUGGUGAAAAAGACAAAUCUUGAAAAUGAUAAGGACGUUACAUCCUCGUCUUUUAAUAUCACUCGUGAACAAUACCAACUACUUAAACGUACUCCAAAAGAUUUCUUAAAAUUGCCAACAUUUGCAGUUAUCUUUAUGAUAUUUGUUGAAAUGACUCCAAUUCUUUGUUAUGCAUUACCAGAAAUAACCCCUCUGACUUGUGUACUCCCUACAAUGUUACCAAGAUUAUGGAAUUCCAACGCAUCUAAGAAGUUGGUGGAACUUCGGAAAUCUUCGUUAGAGUCUAAUGAAUUCGAUCUUGAAGAUUUAGCACUCAAAACAGCUUACAAUAUCCCAAAGCAGCAAGUUCAAGUGCUCGUACGUUCUUUGCGCCUUGUAUCCAAAUAUGUACCAGUCGCGCUUUAUCCAGAACCGGUUCUUCGUAGACGUCUUCAAGCACACUAUAACUACUUAGAAGUUGAUGAUAACUUCCUCUCUACAUCUGGAAAUGUGUGGAAUCUAUCAGAACAAGAACUUGUACUUGCUUGUCUUGAAAGAAAUCUCAUUUUAGAUGUCAAGGAAAGCUCCAAAUUAUUAGCGGAGAAGAAUCAAAAUUAUGUUGAUCAACUUCGAUUCAAACUAUUGGUAUGGUUACUUGAUGCCCCAAAAUAUAAUGUGGGAUAUAUUGGUCUCAAUCAUUUACAAUCUACUGAUCAAUUUGAAACUAAAAAAAUUCAUGAUUUGAAUCGUUUGUGGAAACUUGAUAAUCCUACUUUUCAUUGA